UGUCUGUAAACACUAGACAGAUUCCGCUCCAACGCCCUCGCCCCCCGUCGCCUUUCAAAAAGCUAGAGAGAUUCCUCGAGAGGGAGAAGCGUGCCCGGCAGCUCCGCUCCAUCCGCCCCCAAGAAUGUCCGACGAGGCCAGGCGCGGCGGGCCCGCGGGCGCCGCGCAGGCGGUGGUCCGGGCCUCCUCCGAGGACCGCAAGCCGGUGGGCGCGGGGUCCCCGCCGCCGGCCGCGGCCGCGGCGGCGGUGGCGGCGCACAAGAUCCAGCUCAAGAGCGCCGACAUGAAGGAGGAGAUGCGGCAGGAGGCCUUCGAAAUUGCCCGCGUCGCGUUCGAGAAGCACAGCAUGGAGAAGGACAUCGCGGAGUACAUAAAGAAGGAGUUCGACAAGAACCACGGCCCAACCUGGCACUGCAUCGUCGGCCGCAACUUCGGUUCUUAUGUGACGCAUGAGACAAACUACUUUGUAUAUUUCUACAUCGACUCUAAAGCUGUCUUGCUAUUCAAGUCUGGGUGAUUGGCGCAGCCGAUGCAAUCAACCUUGCAUGGCUACAUCUCAUUGCUCUCAUGUAUGCCUCCCUUCCCUCCGAGUCAUCUGCAGCCAAGCUGGAAGCCGGUAAUCUUAUGAGCCUGCAUAUUGAUGUAUCAGCAAUGGAUUAUUCUCCGUAUGCCGGUAGUGUGAGAUCAGAUUGCAUCUUAUUUAUGUCUGAUAUAUCUAGGUGUUGUGAGGACAUUAUCUUGUUGCAAUAUGAUUGCCGGACAAUUGGACGAACUGCCUCUCGUCUGUUUGUGAUUGUUUCGGAAGAAGCCUCAUGCGCAAUAUUCAUGGUUCUUACUGUGGAGUAUUAGUGGGUGUCAUGGUCGAUAUGUGGGUCAUCUGUAUAUAUAUUUGAAUUGUUCGUUGAGAUGCCUGUGGUCCAGAUAACGAGGCCUCCUUUGGAACUCGGGAAAUUUUCA